AUGGCUUUGAAAGAAGCUGGGAAAGACUCUGUAGACCUGUACCCAAAACUGGCCCUGGGCGAAUUUUGUAAUCAAUACGGUCAAUCCUUCGUACGCUUGCGCUUCUACUUUUCUACUCUUAAAAUGAACAAAGAUGUUGUCGGCUGGAUCAGCCACAGCAGCACAUCUUCAGAAGAACCACUCUUCUCCGCUUUUGUAUUUCUCACCGCCAGCAUCGAAACUGAAGAGUACCAAGACGAUGCGCGCUUCAACACACUUAGCCGGUACCGACACAAAGACAUCGGUGUGCUCAACAAGCAUCAGCACAUAAUAGGUUACGGCAGCUCCUUCUACGUAACAUGCAGCGGAAACAAGCAGGACUCGGCUGUCCCAGACUCUGACGUCCUGGUGUUCAAGCGCACGAUCCCCACAGUAGAAAAGGAAGAUGCACUCAAGGACCGCAAGCGUGUCGAUGCUCUGAUGCGCGAGUUGCGUGUCUUGACCCACGAUCCCAUCAGGAAACCCAUCAGGAAACACGAAAACAUCGUCGAGCUUCUCGGAAUCGCAUGGGAGACGGACCCGUUCGAUAUUACGCAGAAGUGGCCUCAAAAAGUAUCCCUGGCGCUCGACAUUGUACUGGGCUUGAAAGCGAUGCAUAUCUGCGGUGUUCUCCAUGGCGACGUAAAGGCCGAAAAUGCGCUUGUUUUUGCCAACCACAACGUCGAGAGCAAGGAGCAAAGAUCUACCAUCAUCAAGCUUGCAGACUUCGGCGGCGUGCUGUUCGACAUACCGGAACGGUCGACCCUGCCGUCAGGAACACGUCCUUGGAAUGCUCCGGAAUGGCAGACUCCGCUACCUCCGGCGAAUCUGCUCAAAACCGAUAUUUACUCACUUGGCUUCCUCGUGUACAGGGUCCUGGCUGACGGGAAACAUCCUUUCAAAGGCUCCGCGGCGUGGAGUGACGACGUGGGAUGGAGCAAAGUCGAGGCGAUGAAAGCGAACGAUGAUCAGAUGUUAGAGUACAUGUGCUCGAUCAACGGGCUGGCCGGAAACAAGAAUCAACCUGAGCGCAUCCGAUCUGGCCUGAAGUGGCUUAAACUUGCGGCCGUUGCUGGAAACGACGGGGCUCAAGCCGUAUACUCUCGAGUCUGUGCAACAAUCAACGAGCAGAACCCCCUUGAUGACGCCAGUAUUGUCCAAUCGUGGCUAUAUAACACCGCAAGCCGAGGGUUUUUUAGAAAACUAAGCACCAGGUACGGAGGCACCGGCGUCGACAGGUUCCCAGAGACCAGAUUCACGAUUGGUGAUGUCUCCAUCGACGACAAAAAGGAGUUUGACCAGAGGCUUGCUAAGGCUAUCAGCGGGUUGAGGGGUUUGCAAAGUUCCCAACCUUUAAGUACGGCCGGGGACCAUAUGUUACACUUUAUCUCAUGCUGUGGCUUGGUUAAGAGUUUGGAGGUAUUGCUGAAGAACACUAACGCCUCAGAGGUAAAUGCUAGGAAUAUCCGCAGUGAAACUCCCCUGCUAUUGGCUUGCCGAUCCGGCCACUACAAAACAACAAUGAUGCUUUCUGAGGCCGGGGGUGAUCCCCGAAUCACCAACCUGUACGGCGACACGCCUUUGCACUGGCUACCGUCCUUCCCUGACAGGUGCGUCCCGGAGCUGACCGGCAAGUUUGUGCGCAGUGGCUCCAACAUUGACGGGGUGGCUCAGAGUUUUUCGUACCUUGGAUGUGCUGCUCGAGCACGGCGCAGAUCCGAAUUUCUCGCACAAUCAGGACUCCCCCAUCAAGCUUGCAACGAGGCUGCAUUACCGGGAAAUCUUAUCGAAGCUUUCGAAAAGUCGAGGGAUGCUCCCAAGAUGGUGGAUCCGAGGAGUGGAAUCAGUUAUCUUCUGUCCGCCUUCAUGGGCGGAAGCCUAGAAAGCCCGGGGAGCUUCUUCGGGCGAAUUCGACGGCACGGCUAUCGUUGGAAAGCCAGAGCCCGAGAGACGCUGCAGGUGAUUCUCCAGCAUGGGGUGCAGAGAUACCCAAUUUCCGCGGCCAUCAGCUCACGAAGGCUGGAGUCUCUGCAAUUGCUGCUCCAGCACGGCGCGGAUGCAAGCGUGCGAGAGGAGAUUCCCACGAUUGCAGAGCCUGUGACCAUGCUCUACCUGUGUGCUUGGGGGGCGAAUGACGAUCCGGCCUUUGCGGAGUUGCUAAUUGCCAAGGGGCUCGACGCCAACGUCGAUGAUGGCCCGGUGGACUACGAGACGCCCUUCGCAUGUGCGGUACGGAACCGUUGCUUCAGACUGGCGGAGCUUCUAUGGCGGAACGGAGCAGACCCGAACGCUGAGUUCAACGAGGGACUUUGGUUCUCGCAGACCACCAAAAUGACUCUCCUUGGGCAUUUGGUCUCAGAAUGCUCUAUUAGCACCUUGGCCCCGUUGUCGUUCCUGAUGAACCUUGUCUCGCGAGUGCCGCCCGUCGCUCAAAGCCACCUUGAACCAGCGUUUGUCGUCAACCAGUCGAGCGGCAAAACGGUCCUGCACGUCAUGGCGAACAAUGUCUUUGUACGUCAAGAUAGCCGUGCUGAAGAAGCCCUACUCCGGCGGAUAACAGAGUAUUUCAAGCCUGACGCCUCGAUGCUCAGGCGGCGAGACUCGGCGACAAAUUACACGGCGCUUGAACAAGCAAUCAUUCGCGGAAACGCGAGGGUCGUACGACAUUUGCUUGACCAGAAUGUCUCACUGAGGUCUAUGAACGGUGAAGGGGAAACGCCGCUAGAUAUCGCGCAGAAGUGGUUGGAGUUUUUCCCCCAUGAAACACCCAUUUCUGAUGAGAUCGAAUUUACCUUAUCUGAAAAACAAAAGGUCCGAUUGCGGAACAACAGAGGGCAAAUCGUCAGAACGAUAGAGCGGUACAUCGAAUCAGUGAGAGAUGACUCGGAACAGGAUGGAACGGUACCAAAAUAG